GCCAGCCGUGUCAGUGGCCUCACUCAUUCCUGAAGAAGGAAAAAUCGAACGAAAUUACUCACGGCCAACCCGCGACCGCGAGGUUCCCCUCGGAGAUGGCGGCGCCGGCGGCGGACGAGGCCUGGUGCCGGGAGACGGUGCCGCGGGUGAUGGAGCUGGUGAGCCCGCGCCUUCCGCAGCGGGACGUCUGCGCGCUUCUCGCCGUCAGCCCCUGGUGCUACCGCGCGCUCGUCGCCAACCCCAGGCUCUGGGAGGUAUUUGAUCUGCGUGAGAUGAAGAAUGCUGGCGACCGACUUAUUACAGCACUUCCCCUGGCAAGGUAUCGUCAUCUGAAAAUACUGAACCUUGAAUUUGCGCAAGAUAUUGAGGACCGGCAUUUUGUUCAUCUAAAAGAAAUGAGUGGUAUUUCACUGAAAAAUUUAGAAUUCCUGAACCUGAAUGCAUGUCAGAAAAUCUCUGACAAAGGAAUAGAAGCUGUUACCAGUCUUUGUCCUAAUCUUCAGGCUCUUUGUAUCUACUGGAUUGUGGGACUGAAGGACUCAAGCAUUGGGCACAUUACAAAGAACUGCAGGCAGAUAGUGGACCUCAACUUGAGUGGUUGUAAGAAUAUCUCAGAUAAAGGAAUGCGGCUAAUUGCUAAUAGUUACCAGGGACUAAAGAAAUUGAACAUAACCAGGUGCAUUAAGUUGACAGAUGAUGGGCUUACAGAAGUGCUUCGGAAAUGUUCUUCGCUUGAAAGCUUGAACCUUUAUGCCCUUUCAAGUUUUACUGACAAGGUUUAUAAGGAAAUAGGAUUGUUAAGUAAUCUUACAUUUCUAGACCUAUGUGGUGCUCAGAAUCUAUCUGACGAUGGUCUUGUAUGGAUAUCAAGAUGCGCAGGUCUAACAUAUCUCAAUUUGACCUGGUGUGUACAUGUUACUGACGCUGGUGUUGUAGCUAUUGCGCAAGGGUGCCGGUCCAUCGAACUGCUAAGUUUGUUUGGAAUAGUUGGGGUAACUGAUGCCUGUCUGGACGUUUUAUCAAAAUCUUGCUCUCACAGCCUCACAACACUCGAUGUAAAUGGCUGCAUCGGUAUUAAGAGGAGGAGCCAGGGUGAUCUCCUUAAGUUGUUCCCAUUGCUGAGUUGCUUCAAAGUGCAUAGCUAGCAGCUACUCCAGAUUGUUGCCAGUUUGCUCCAAUCGGCGUCAAACUGGUGAGUGAAAGGUCUUGCUCUCAAGAGAGGGCGAAGCAGCAAGGCAGUUUUUGGCAUCAGCUCGUUACGCUCCUGUGUUGAUUGGAGUGAGAUGAGUGAUUCCAUUUGUACGGAAUGUUUCUUAGAAGUUAGAACUCGCGACAAUCCCAGUACAUUUGUUAUCUCUGUCCCUUUUGUAUGGGUCCAGUCGUACCAACUUCGUGGUGCCAUUUUGCUGCUGCCGCAGUUUGUAUGGCUUUGUCAGUAAUAGUCCAACUUGUGUUAUGUAAGCGAACUAUGGCCAUGUGAAUAUGAAAGCAUGAAUAUGGCAUGGGAAUAAUGGGUUGAUUA